ACAUUCCAGAGUGUCUGCUCUCACUCUUCCAUAGUUCCACCCAGAAAACCUUCACUUCCAAAUUCUCUGGCAUCUCUUCCCUCACUCCUAUGUCCAUUUCUGCUCCAAUAAUUGAAAACUUUUGCCACCAGCUUGGGUUCCACACCACAAAGUACCCUUGAACAUGCUUCUAUUUGUCCUAUAUCCACAUGGGAAUAUUAUUUUCCAAAAAAAAGUCAUUUUUCUAUGAAAAUGAACUCUUUUCAAUCUCUCUCAUGAGACCCAGAUCCUAAUUUCCAUUUUCUUGCAUCCCCAUUAUCUCAAUUAUCUGAAACUUUUUAUGUGUGAUUGAGUCCACUUGGUACUCAGAUACAAAGAGAUCAGGUUUUUUCAGGGAAUGAAACUUAGCCCCAUGUUGAUAUUAGUUCUUGGAAUAGCUUCAGCUACAUUUUUAGUGAUUGUUGCACUUUAUGUGUUCUUUUACUUGAAAAGAGUAUCAAAACAUGAGAGUAAAGACAUAGAAAGCUCAGAAAAGAAGCAGGAAGAGGUAGCUCAGAAGGAGGACUUGAUCAUCUUUCAAGGUGGGGAGGACCUAACAAUAUGUGACAUAUUGGAUGCUCCAGGGGAAGUGAUUGGAAAAUCCAAUUAUGGAACUUUGUAUAAGGCUUUGUUGCAGAGGAGCAACAAAGUAAGGCUGCUGAGGUUUCUGAGACCAGUUUGCACUGUAAGAGCUGAAGAAUUGGAUGAAAUGAUUCAGUUUCUUGGAAGGAUAAGGCAUCCCAAGUUGGUUCCUCUUCUGGGAUUUUACACUGGGUCAAGGGGUGAGAAGCUUCUUGUUCAUCCUUUCUAUAGGCAUGGGAGUCUGACUCAAUUCAUAAGAGCAGAUGGAAAUGGAGAAUGUUACAAAUGGUCUAACAUAUGUAGAAUAUCCAUUGGUAUAGCCAAAGGAUUAGAGCAUCUUCACACAGGACAAGAGAAGCCUAUUAUCCAUGGAAACCUCAAGUCUAAGAACAUCCUUUUGGACCGCUCCUACCAACCAUACAUCUCAGAUUCCGGCCUCCAUCUUCUGCUGAAUCCGACCGCGGGCCAAGAAAUGCUUGAAAGUUCAGCUGCUCAGGGUUAUAAGGCACCUGAGCUUAUCAAAAUGAAGGAUGUUAGUGAAGAGAGUGAUAUAUAUAGCCUUGGUGUAAUCUUGUUGGAAUUACUUUCAGGAAAGGAACCUAUCAAUGAGCAUCCAACUCCUGAUGAAGAUUUCUAUUUGCCAAAUUUCAUGAGAAAUGCUGUCCUCGGACACAGAAUUUCUGAUUUAUACCAUCCAUCCUUUCUUCUCAGAAACGGCAGAGAUGAUAAAAUUCAAGUUACAGAAGAAUGCAUUCUCAAAUUUUUCCAAAUUUCUAUGGCUUGUUGCUCCCCUUCACCUUCAGUUAGACCUAACAUAAAGCAAGUCCUCAGAAAGCUUGAAGAAAUUGUACUCUAGAAGACAUGGGGGCUUGUAAGAAAUUUGUCUGUGUAGUGGAAGAUAUUGGACACUUUGGCAGUAGUGAUACUGAACACAUUUAAUUCUUCAAGUUCAUCAUAAACAAUGAUGUGGUUGAAGACAACAACAUUUAUAUAUGAGAAGUUACAAAAAAAAGAAGUAAAUGUUCUGCUUACAAAAUGUGGUAUUAGCUACCAAAAACAAAGACUUCAGGAAAGUUGAUGUAGAUGUUAAGGUUUAAAGUCAAAUGAGGAAUUAUAGCUUGAAACUCUAGCUGCCUAUAGAUCUGGCUUCCAAAUUACUGACUUUGAUUUUGAGAUUAUGCUUGGUAAAACAAGUGAGCAUGUGACAUGGAUAGUGACAAAAGGAAUUUCUGUGAUGUCACCCAUUCUAAUAUUAUUCUUGUCAUAGCUUGCCUAACUUGCAUAAUUGCAUAGUUUUGAUGGGAGGUUAUGAAGAUUCUUUAACUAUCAAGAAUAUGCUACCCAAGAAUUUGUAGCUUGUCUCUAAGUUUUGCUGUUAUGGAAAGACAGAAUCUGUGAUGAAAAAUGCUCUUUAUCAACAGUGACACUGUCAAUUUCCAUGUUAUAGCACAAGAAUUGAAGCUGCAAAAGUGCAAAGGAAUCUGAAUAACUAUGUAAGCCAGGAAUUGGGAUCAUUUGGUCUCAGAGUUUGAACCAUCACUAGUAUGCACUACAAGAAUCUCAGAGCAAUUCUAUUUUAGUGUGUCCUUUAUUUACUUGAGAUAAUUUUGCAGUUCUUUAUUUACUUGAGACCAUAGUUUUCCAGUGGCAGUAUUGUAAUCUUCAUUUGA